GAAACUACCAAAAAACUCAUCACGAGAAACCAAAACAUGACGAUGGCGAGAUGGAUCAACUAUGGUCUUAGCCUGUCAGAAAGACAAAUCCAAUGAAAAAAAAAAAAAAAAAAAAUAAUCACACGUGGGAAACGAAAAUAGAGCAAUGUUGAUGUUUUGUCCUACAUGUGGAAAUUUGUUACUUGUGGAAGAAGGUACUGAUUCUCUGCGCUUUUCCUGUAACACCUGUCCUUAUAUUUGCAAAAUUAGGCGCAAAAUUUCCACACGCAUCUACCCGAAGUUGAAGGAAGUGGAUCAUGUUAUGGGCGGAUCUGCUGCCUGGGAAAACGUAGAUUCCACCGACGCUGACUGCCCGGCGUGUGCUCACAACACUGCAUACUUUAUGCAGAUGCAAACUCGUUCAGCUGACGAGCCAAUGACAACAUUCUACAAGUGCUGCAAUCCGAUUUGUGGACAUAACUGGCGAGAUUAG